AUGCACAAGGGGGGGACUCACAGAAAAGUUAAUAGUAAUAGCAUGUUCGAUAGUAAAAACCUGAACGCGGAGUACCUUCUCGAACACAAGAGCAAAAUAAACGAAUUCCUAUCACUCUGCGAAAGUUACAAAGUCAAUGUGGGCAACCAGAGCAAGCCAGAACUAAAAAAAACAUACAACUCGAUUGAGAAGAAUAUGCACUACCUAAAUAAGCACAUUGAAACGGCUAAGAAGGAUAGCAUUAUUUUAAAAAAAAAAUUAAAAAAAUCAACAGACCCCUUGUUCAUUUCAACAUUGGAGAAAAAGUACAAGCAAGUUAGUCUAGACAUUGAAAAUAAGAAAAAGGAAAUAAAAUAUUUAAAAGACACCAUACGAAAAAAUGAAAAGCUAUUGGAUUCAAAUAAAAGGAAACCUAAUAAGAUUGCCUUGGAGAAGGAGUACAAAAAUUUGCUGAGUCAGCAGUCUACCCUGUGCUCUCGGCUGAUCCAGCUACAGAAUGGAAAUCGUCUCUACGAGGAAAAUAUUUGCAAGAUAGAAGCCCAGCUGGAUGAAAUAAAAAAAAAAAUGAACGAACUUAACCUAGACAAAAAAAAGGAAGACGAUAGCUUUGUGGGCAUUGAAAAUGAUGCUUCCAAGGAGAACCUCGAGCGACGUAUAUUCAUUUUAAACACAAAGAGGGAUGAAUUGAAAAAAGAAAAAAAUGUCUACAUCAGCAGUUUAAACAAUACCCUGGCAAAAUUAAAAAAACAAAUUUCAAAUUUAGAAGAAGAAAAAAGAAACUUGCUUAAUGAAGAAAAAAAUAGCCUAGACAAAUAUAGCAUUUUGAAGAGGGCGUUAAAUAUUAAAAUAUUAAAAAGUAACAAAAGUGAAGGCAAGGGGAGAGGUGCUUUGGCCAGAAGGAAUUUCGCCGAGAAGGGCGAACGCACACAUGAACGUACAACUCAUGUGUACCUUGAGAAGAGACAAGAGGAAAAUAGUGAUCAGUUUGAAGAAAAACAUUUUAUUGAAGAGUUACUGGAUGAUGGAAACGGUCAUGAACUCUCCCAUGAGGAUGUGGUCCCCAUGGCACUGUCGGAACAUAUAAAAGAAGACACGUGUGAGGAGGACCAUUUCUCGGUGCCACUCCAAUCGACGCAUUUCCCACAAGGAAACAAAAACACAGACUUGCAGAAAAUAAAAAAAAAGAAAAAAUAUAUAUUCAUCCCAGAGUUUGAAAAUGAUAUACUCUUGAAGCUCGAAAAACAGGUCACGGAGAAACUCAGUCGUAGUGAAGAGAUGAAUGAGGAAGAAGUGACUGAGCAGGUGAAUGAGGAAGUAGAUGAAGAGGUUAAAGAAGAGAACGAGGAAGUGAAUGAACAAAAGGAAGAGAUGGAUGAAGAAGUGGACGAGGAAUUUAAAGAAGAGAAGGAAGAGGUGAACGAGGAGGUGGAUGGGGAGGUGAACGAGGAGGUGGAUGGGGAGGUGAACGAGGAGGUGGAUGGGGAGGUGACUGAGGAGGUUAAUGAAGAGAUGACGGAAGAGGUGAUUGAGGAGUUGACUGAGGAGGUGAAUGAAAUGGCGAUGAAUGAGGAAGAAGAUAACGUAGUGAAAGAAGAAGAUGAAGAGGUGCUUGAGGACGCAGAUGAAGAGAUGAAGGAAGAUGUGGAUGAAGAGGUGACUGAGGAGGUAAAUGGGGAGGUGAAUGAAGUGGCUCAGGGGUUGAAGACAGAAGAGGAGGGCGAGGUGAGUGAAAUGGCCAUAGACGAAGUGGAAGACGCACAAGGAGAAGUAGAAGGUGUGCAGGAGGAAGUAGAAGAGGUGCAGGAAGAAAUAGAAGAAGUGCAGGAGGAAGUAGAAGAAGUACAGGAGGAUAAAGAACAGUUGGGGAGUGUCAUGUGGAACGAAACGGACAAAUUAGAAGAUGCGAAUAAAGCAAUAGAACAUGAUGAUGACACAACUAGUGGAGCGGAAAAAAAACAGAACGACGCGCAGUGA